AUGUCGUAUUUGACACUCGUUACUGGUAGUCCUCAAAAAUUGGAACCUACCACAUGUAUUUUUGUCUCUAACGCCCCAGUGUCCAGUGUUAGUUUCCAGACAACACAAACCACUUGCACAGCUCCAUCAAAUGGAAAGUUAUCAAUAAAGCGUACCAAGCCCGAGCUAACAACUGGCGAACUUCUACGAUGCAAGCGGCGAAUCAGCUUCACCCAGCUCGGCUACACACUGCCCUCACCGCAGCCUGCUACCGUGGCACGAAGGAAUGAAAGAGAACGUAACAGAGUCAGAAUGGUCAACAUGGGCUUUGCAACACUACGUCAACACGUUCCUAAUGGUACCAAAAAUAAGAAGAUGAGCAAAGUAGAGACACUACGGUCAGCGGUGGAAUACAUUAAAUGUCUUCAACAACUCUUAAGUAAUCAGGAAGACCACAUGUCAUCAGAAGGUAGCCAAUCAACCAUUCUUGGCAGUUUGGGUGAGAACCAGUAUCUAAAGGCUGUAAAGGACAGAUGUCCGGCCGUGUCCCCACAGAGUCUGUCUCCUACCUGCUCUACAACCAAUUCCCCAAGUCCUAGUACAGGAUCCGAAUUUUCUCCGAACCACCAGGGUUUGGAAUCUCCAUCUACUUGUCUAAGUCCAGAAGAGGAAGAACUCCUCGCAUUCGCAAGCUGGUUCUCUUAA